GCUGCUCGCCGGCAUGACUUUCGGGGUUUCCGGCUGCCGAGCCGGCGCGGCGUGAGCUCGAACCGCAGAUCCCGGGUCUGGCCGCUCACCAUGAGGUUGCUGGGAGCUGUCGCGGCGCUGGGGCGCGGGCCGCUCUCUCGGGGUCCCGCCGCCCUGGCCCGGCCGGGAACGCAGGUGGAUUGGAAAGCCUGCCGGUGGUGCUCAUCAGGGAUAGUCCCCAAUGAAAAAAUACGAAAUAUUGGCAUCUCUGCUCACAUUGAUUCAGGGAAAACAACGCUGACGGAGCGGGUGCUUUACUACACGGGCAGGAUUGCCAAGAUGCACGAGGUGAAAGGUAAAGAUGGCGUUGGUGCUGUGAUGGACUCGAUGGAGCUGGAGAGGCAAAGAGGAAUCACCAUUCAGUCUGCGGCCACGUACACCAUGUGGAGAGACACCAACAUCAACAUCAUUGACACCCCUGGCCACGUGGACUUCACCAUCGAAGUGGAACGUGCCCUGCGUGUGCUGGACGGUGCCGUCCUGGUCCUCUGUGCUGUCGGGGGUGUGCAGUGCCAGACCAUGACGGUCAACCGGCAGAUGCAGCGCUACAGUGUGCCAUUCCUGACCUUCAUCAACAAACUGGACCGCCUGGGCUCCGACCCCACCAGAGCCCUGCAGCAGAUGAGGUCUAAACUAAAUCACAAUGCAGCCUUUGUGCAAAUACCCAUUGGUUUGGAGGGUAAUUUUAAAGGUAUUAUCGAUCUGAUUGAGGAACGAGCUAUCUAUUUUGAUGGAGACUUUGGUCAGAUUGUCCGAUACGAUGAAAUUCCAGCUGAAUUUAGGGCAGCAGCAUCAGACCACCGGCAGGAGCUAAUUGAAUGUGUUGCCAAUUCAGACGAGAAGCUUGGUGAGCUGUUCCUGGCAGAAAAAAUCCCUUCAGUCUCUGACUUAAAGCUUGCAAUCCGAAGAGCUACUCUGAGCAGAUCAUUUACCCCUGUUCUCUUGGGAAGUGCCUUGAAGAACAAAGGAGUUCAGCCUCUUCUAGAUGCUGUUCUAGACUUCCUCCCCAAUCCAUCUGAAGUCCAGAAUUAUGCCAUUUUCAAUAAGGAAGAUGAUUCAAAAGAGAAAACCAAGAUCUUAAUGAGUUCAAAAAGAGAUGGAACUCACCCAUUUGUGGGCCUGGCUUUUAAACUGGAGGCAGGCCGGUUUGGACAGUUAACAUACGUCCGCAGUUACCAGGGAGAGCUGAAGAAGGGCGACACUGUCUACAAUACCAGGACGGGGAAGAAGGUGCGCGUGCAGCGGCUGGUGCGCAUGCACGCCGACCUGAUGGAGGAUGUCGAGGAGGUGUAUGCUGGAGACAUCUGUGCAUUGUUUGGCAUUGACUGUGCAAGUGGAGACACGUUCACAAACAAAGACAACAGUGGCCUUUCUAUGGAAUCAAUUCAUAUUCCUGAUCCUGUCAUUUCAGUGGCAAUGAAGCCUUCUAACAAGAACGAUCUGGAAAAAUUUUCCAAAGGAAUUGCCAGGUUUACAAGAGAAGAUCCAACAUUUAAAGUCUACUUUGAUACUGAAAGCAAAGAGACAAUUGUAUCUGGAAUGGGAGAACUGCACCUGGAGAUUUAUGCCCAGAGGAUGGAAAGAGAAUACGGCUGUCCUUGUAUCACAGGAAAGCCCAAGGUUGCUUUUAGAGAGACCAUCACUGCCCCCGUCCCGUUUGAGUUCACACACAAAAAGCAGUCUGGCGGUGCGGGCCAGUUUGGGAAGGUGAUAGGUGUGUUGGAGCCCCUGGACCCGGACGACUACACCAAGCUGGAGUUUGCCGAUGAGACGUUCGGGGCGAACAUUCCAAAGCAGUUUGUGCCUGCUAUAGAAAAGGGCUUUCUGGACGCCUGUGAGAAGGGCCCGCUUUCUGGUCACAAGCUCUCUGGGCUCCGGUUUGUUCUACAAGAUGGAGCUCACCACAUGGUUGACUCCAAUGAGAUCUCUUUCAUCCGAGCUGGAGAAGGCGCUCUCAAACAAGCCUUGGCAAAUACAACGUUGUGUGUUCUUGAGCCGAUCAUGUCUGUGGAAGUUAUAGCCCCGAACGAAUUCCAGGGACCGGUCAUCGCAGGCAUCAGCCGGCGGCACGGGGUGAUCACAGGGCAGGAUGGAGUGGAGGACAGUUUCACGGUGUAUGCGGAGAUCCCUCUCAAUGAGAUGUUUGGUUACUCCACUGAACUCAGGUCAUGCACAGAGGGAAAGGGGGAGUACACCAUGGAGUACUGCAAAUACCAGCCGUGCUCAGCGUCCACUCAGGAGGACCUCGUUAACAAAUACCUGGAAGCCACGGGGCAGCUUCCUGCGAAAAAAGGGAAAGCCAAGAACUGACCGCUCACUUCCUCCUGAGUAACUUUAAUUGCUGAGACGGAUCCCUGCAGCGAGAACUCAGGUUGCUGAGUCAAGUGUCUUCUGGCCCUUUCACCCCUUCAGGAACUUCCUACAUGCAGAAAUAAGCCUGUGCGUACCUCCGCUCUGCAGAUGGUCAAUAAUUCAUUGGAAAAGCUCAGGUGAAAUGUGAUUGUGGAUCCCUGUGAAAUGAUUGAAAUCAUUUGCUCUCUAACAGAGGAAGAGGCUAACUCGAGUUACACUUGUCUGCAUGGAGUGUGUUUAAACUCCCUUCACAAAUUUAUUUCUAUCAUGAGAAUUUUGCACAGAGAGGAAAACUGCAAAAACAGUAUACAGAGCAGACAUGCUCAAGGUUUUGUUCCUAAUUUGCUUCACUAUGGAAGCAUUGUUUUGCGUACGUAGGACAUUCCAUGGCAUGUCAUGAGUGGGCAGAGUUUUCAGUACUCUGUUGGGCUAUGAAAUACCAGCUGAGUCUCUGUGGCACACACGGCUGUGGCACUUCAGUGUGACUUCUGAGAACCUGGAGCUGCCUCCGAGGAGUGAAAUGUCACCUGCAAUCCCACGUGAAGUGUCAGAACAGAUCCUCACCCAUACUGUCCUUUUCUGUGUUCAUCAUUUCUGUGACCCUAAAUAAUAAAAUGUAAUUUAAAUAUC